AUGCCGGGAUAUUUGGGGACUCAGUUGGUUCAUGAGAGCCAAGAACUCAUAUUUGCGGCAUACGAUAGCGAAUGGAUUCCUCGGUCAGAAUCAUUUAAGAGAAGUCUGAGGCUUUUUAUGGAACGUUCUAAAACUCCCAUCAUGAUAACAGGCCUUAAAAUGUUCUCACUAUCGCUCACCACCUUCACUUCAAUUAUGAAGACUGCAUAUUCGUUAUUUGCGUUAAUAAGAAACUUUCAAGAAAACUAA